UUAUUUGGCAUUGAUAUAUGUUUUAAACUAACAGUUUGAUGAAGAUGGUUUGGACGCCUUGUAUGGAAUCCCAAGCAUUCUCUACAUUAGAAAAUACUUACCAUGUUUUGAAAAACCAUUCUGAUCACAGUCAACAAUACUAUCCAGAAACAGCGGCCUACUGUGCAUACAAUGGCAUACAUCAUCCAGAUGUUCUCUACACCGAGAGUGCUUCACCACACUUUGAAAAUUCAGUUAUUAAACCUUGUAUAACAUUGACAGAGUCUUCGGAGACGAAUUUUAUUCCAUCUUAUUAUAAUAGCGUUCCUUUAUAUUUUCCUAACUCUUCCAUGAUGUCAUCAACAAAUAUUGAUAGUCUUUCUGGUUACUGUAAUCCUGAAAUUAGUGGAUCUACCAUUGAUCUUAAUCAAUUAACUUAUGAACAAAUUACUCCAACAUCAAAAAGCUAUGCAUAUGAAUACAACGGCUUGAAUCAUGGAUGCUCGCACACUGGUAUUGGUAAUACUUUCAACGGUAAAUAUACUCUUUAUGACUAA